UCCGUCCCUUCGCCUCCCUGCCGACGAUUUAUCCACCCCCCUCCUGGUGUUUCCCACCCCCCCCUUCCCGGAUUAGGCGGCGAUCAAUCCUUUCUCCCCGCCGCGUCUGUUGAGAAACAGGUGAUCCUCGUUAGCGGCGGCCGGUUGGCGGACGCGGUUCGCUCCUCGAAGGAUGGUGGCACCGGGCGAGGCUCCAUCGGCGUAACUUCUGCUCGGCAAGAGGAGAAACUUUCUGCCCCGAUUCGAAGGCGUUAAAAGCGCGCAGCGUCAAAAAGCAGAAGAAGUUGGUUUCAAAGCUGAACUUCGCUUUCCCGGGAUUUGUGUGUGUCGGACUCAAAGGCUGCGUCGUUUUUGCUUUUCUUUUUUUGUAUUUUUUUUUUUCUUCCCUUCUCCUUUAUCUCCCGAAAGGAAACUGUUGCUAGUUGGAAUAGACUUUUUAAAUGUUUGGGAUUCAAGAUACUUUAGGAAGAGGACCAAUUCUGAAAGAUAAAUCUCUAGGUUCUGAGAUGGAUUCCGUCAGGUCCUGGGUCAGAAACGUUGGGGUUGUGGAUGCAAACGUAGCAGCACAAAGCGGAGUAGCUUUGUCCAGAGCCCACUUUGAAAAGCAGCCACCCUCCAACUUGAGGAAAUCCAAUUUCUUUCACUUUGUUCUGGCUCUCUACGACAGACAGGGGCAGCCCGUGGAAAUAGAGAGGACAGCUUUUGUGGACUUUGUAGAAAAUGAUAAAGAGCAAGGCAACGAGAAGACGAACAACGGCACACACUACAAACUGCAGCUCCUCUACAGCAACGGUGUCAGGACCGAGCAGGAUCUCUAUGUCAGGCUCAUCGACUCGGUCACCAAGCAGCCCAUAACUUAUGAGGGACAGAACAAGAACCCCGAGAUGUGCAGAGUGUUGCUCACCCACGAAGUUAUGUGCAGCCGGUGCUGCGAGAAGAAAAGUUGUGGCAACAGGAACGAGACUCCGUCCGACCCCGUGAUCAUCGACAGGUAG